UGGAUUCUGCCUCUGCUCAAGUAAGCUCUUCUUCUUCUUCUCUUUAUUGAAACCCUUGCCUCAUCUUCAAGCAACGUUUCAUUUGAGCUUGAAACUUGGUAUAUUUCUUCAAAAUCGAAGGUCGGCUAUUUACUUAAUAAAAGAGAUUAAAGGGAUGGUUUUUGUUGGAGUAAAUUAGAAGAGAUUAGGGGAUGUGCGCUUUGCUGAAUACCUAAAAACAUGGGCUUCGCUGCUGCGCUUCGCCCUCAUCUUCCAGCUAACUUUCCUCUUCGUUCCCGUGAGUUAUCUUCACUAAGGCGCCGUUGGAAACCGAAAACGCUACCUUUUGUGGCAGUAUCAACAGGGAAAGGUCAUUCCUUUCUUAUUGUCAAAUCUGUGUUAAAUAACAAGUCUAGCAUCAAUGACAGCGGGGCAUCUGAAACUGCAAAAGUUCUUCUCGAGAGGUUGUUUGCACAGACCCAGAAACUCGAACAAGGCAUGAGCAGAGAUGGUGAACCGCUCGGGGAUUUUCAUGUUGGUCUCGACCUUCAGACUCUGGAGUCUGAUCUGCUUGCUGCUUUGACGGCGUUGAAGCAGAAGGAAGAUGAUCUGCAGGAUGCCGAGAAAAUGGUUGUGUUGGAGCAAAGCGAGUUAACCCGUGCAAAGGAUGAGUUGGAGCAACGGGAGAAAGAAAUCGCUGCUGCAUCUUCUAAGCAUGAAAAUCUGGAAGAGCAGCUGAAGCAGGCAAAUCUUGCAUUUGCUUCACGAGCCAGCCAGAUAGAAGAUUUGAAGCUUCAACUCAAAGAACGAGAUCAGGAGGUCGGUGUUGCACAAUCUGCACUGUCUGCAAAAGAAGAUGAAAUUGAUAAAAUGAGGCAUGAACUGGCAAAGAAGAGUGAGGAAGCUGAGAAGAUCCGUUCUGAACUUGCAUCAAAGUCUCAGCUCCUGAAUGAAGCCAACGAAGUUGUGAAGAAACAAGAAAUCGAGCUUCGAGAACUCCGAGAAGCAAUUCGGGAGAAAGAAGAGCAGUUAGAAACUUCCGUGAGUCUUAGGAAACUUGAAGAAGAGAAGCUAAAAAUUGCUGAGGCUAGAUUGCAACAGCAGACCAUGGAAUGGUUAUUAGCCCAAGAAGAACUGAAGAAACUCGCACAAGAAGCAUCUAAGCACAUGGGAGAAGCUAAUGGAACCUUUAAAGAUUUCACCAGAGUGAAGCAACUACUUUCUGAUGUUAGGUCCGAGUUGGUUUCUUCUCAGAAAUCUCUGGCAUCUUCGAGACAGCAAAUGGAACAACAAGAACAGUUACUGAAAAGGCAACUUGAAGAGCUUGAAGAACAGAGGAGAAGUGUUGCAUCAUACAUGGAAAGUUUGAAAAAUGCCCAGAUAGAAGUAGAGAGUGAAAGAGUGAAGCUUAGGGUUGUAGAGGCUCGGAAUAAGGAUCUUGAACGGGAUUUAUAUGUGGAAAGGGAACUAAUAGAAGAGUUACAGGAGGAACUCAAGAAAGAGAAAUCUUCACUUCAGCAGGCUGUCCAGGAUGCCUCUUUUCUUCGACAGCAGUUAGAGCAGAAGAAUGCUGAGUUUGGUGAAAUGAGCAAUGUUUUGCAAAAUAAAGAAACAGAGUUGGCGGGGGCUAAACUUGAAAUCCAGCACCUGAAAUCUGAGCAAGCUUCUCUUCAGCUUAUCUUGGAGGAGAAGGACCAGGAACUCUCCUAUUCCAAAAAGAAGUUAGAACAACUAAAUCAGGAGAUUGGAGAGCUGAAGAUGCUUAUGAGCUGUAAAGAAAAUCAGCUCAUUCAAGCGACUGCUAUAUUGAAGGAGAAAGACGAAUAUGUUCUGAGAGUGCAAGAUGAGUUGAAUGAUACUAAGAUGAAGUUCUCUCAAGCUGAAACUGUGAUAGAACGAAUUGCAGAACUCACAAGCAGACUAGUCACCUCUGAUAAGGAUGAAGAUAAUAAUGCGUUGAGGCCUGUUGAUGAUAUUGACCAUGAGUUAAUGCAUCAGCUGGUAGAUAGACCUUCUAAUGAUUCCAGAUUGCAGAAAAAACAGCUUGAAACUGAACUCAAAUUCACUAAAGAGACCUUAAAAGAAAAAGAAAUGGAAGUUCUUGCUGCACAGAGGGCUCUCACAAUAAAAGAUGAGGAGCUCAAAACAGUUCUUGGGAGGUUGGAAGCCAGAGAAAAAGAACUAAAAGGGCUGAGGGAAGAAAUGAUUGAAGAUGCCAAUGAUAUGAAGAAGCUUUAUGCUUUGGCACAAGAGAGAAUUGGGGAGAAAAGUAUUGGUGAUUUGGCCAUUGAGAAGCUGCAACUCGAGGCAGCUCAACUGGAAGUUGAAGCUGCCACAAGCGCUCUUAAAAAACUGGCUGAAGUGAGCCAUGAACUUUUGGUUAAAGCUAGCACAAGUGUUGAGGCCGAUUCUGAUGCCAGUAUCUUCUUUCAAUGUGGUUCCGAUCCUAUGAUCAGCAUGAUCAAGAACGACGAAUGUUUGACUGAAGUUAAAACAGGAGUGGCCAGGCUUUCAGCUUUGACUGAGCAGCUAGUGAAAGAUGCUGGACUUGCUGGUGCACACCUGCGAAAUUAAAGCUACUGUCCUGAUGUUGCAUCUAAAUAUGCCAUUGUUUUCACUCGCAUUGAGAGGGUAGCAUCAGGGAAGUAGCCUGUUCAGCUAAGCAGAAAUUCUAGUUGUAGGUUAGUUUCUUGCUUCUUGAUCCUUAAUCAUGCCCUCAUCGAUCGUGCAGCGCAGAUGUCGAAACUUACUGUACUUUUUCUUUUUGCUGAGUUGAACUCCAUGAACUUCUUAUCCCUUUCCCUGAAGUAGACAUGGGCAAUUUGUGUACUUGUAUCAUGCUCAUGUAUUUUAUCAUGUUACAAACAUAUGCAAGGUAUUUUAUUUUUAUAUAAA